CGCGGUCUUUUGUGUAUAGUGUAUGUUGGUGGAUAUUUUGUUUUAUGAGAAAGUGAUUAUCGACAUGUUUCACAAUUUUAAAUUGUUAUGUUAACUGGAAACAUUAGGCAAUACUUCCAUAAGUGUCGUAUAAUGAUUUAAAACAAUAACUAUAUAAUAAUCAAAAACUUGUUCAAAUCGAGUUCUUAGAAAUUGGGAUUUAUCAUUUCUAGAUUUGAUAUUAAUAUGUGGAGAUUCCUGACACUUAGUUUAAUGGCCAGCGUCGCAGAAGUGGUCGGCACUGCUAGUCCUUACUGCUCUGUAAACACAUUCACGACCAGCGCCGCCGGAUUGCAGUUUACCAAGGAGCCUGUCCCUGUUGAGUACGGAUUCGAAGAGAAAUUCAAGAGCAUACAUUGCUGCGUGAAGGGAUAUCGAAGUAUCGAAUGGUUCAAGAAUGGUACGCCAUACCCUUGGUCUGCGGGCGUGUCCAACUUGAUCCUGUACCCAGAAGAUGCCAACCAGACACUGUAUACGGGAGGCGCGACCCGAGCAGAUUCCGGGAACUAUACAUGUCGAAUCAGCAAUGAAACUCACAGCGAUGUACAUACCAUAACGCUAGACGUACUCGAUAAACCUAUUGACCGUCCAAGAACAAUGUUCAUCUCAAAAGACCAAUGGCUAGACUUGGGUGACGAGCUGCGCUUGUUCUGCGAAGCUCUAGUAGGAAAGUCGUAUUUAGCAGACGCCCUCAGCGACCUCCGUUGGCGAAAAAUAUCACCGAACGGCACGAUUGACUUGUUGCCCACGCAGAAUGAAACCAAAACGUACAGAGAUGACAUAAACGACAUUCGCGGCUCAUACAUGCGUGUGGCGCGCGUCACUCUUCAAGAUUUCGGGACGUAUGCAUGCGAAGUGCGUAGCAAUGGCGCCGUCGUCACCAAAACCGUCACCGUGCACUAUAGAGAUGAGGCGUCAUCGUCGGGCGCGGUGGAUGCGGUACCGGGGAGUACGAGCACGUGGGGCAGUGCGAGUGGCGUUGGUGCAGGCGGAGCGAGCUCAGUGCCGUGGCGGGCGCUGGCGCUGGGCGCGGCGUGCGCUGCCGCCGUGCUGGUGUCGGCGGCUGCGCUGCACCGCCGCUGCUCGCCGCGGCUGCUGCUGGCCGCCCGCCAGCUGCGUGCGCGCGCAGCCGGCCCCGCACACCGCGCCCGAGUACUAGAGAAGGAGUUCGACGUGGUGGUGUGCUGGACGCCAGUGGACGCGGAGCUGGUGCGCGGGGCGUUGCUACCGACGCUCACCCUUAAAUACAAGUACCGCGUGCACACGCUGCAGCUCUCCACCAUGCCCGAUAACUGGUACAAUGAGAUGUCACCGGAGUUAGCGCGGUGUCGCUCACUACUAGCGGUGGUGUCGCCGUCACAGUACACACCUCAACAGCUGCUCGAGGCAUUGCGGCAGCUUCGUGCGUUGCCUCUCUCGCCCGUCGUCGUAUUACUGCAGGAUUUGCCGAAGCUGAAGCGCGAGGCGAAGGAGAGUGGAGCGCGGCUGGUGGAGGUGGUGCGCGGGCUGCGGCUGCUGGCGUGGCGCCACGUGCUCGACCGCACCUUCUGGCGGGAGCUGCGCCCGCUGCUACCGCUGCCGCCCUCGCACUACCACCACGACGCACAUAAUAAAAUGAAUUCAGCCGAAAAAUCCGGAGACCCCACCCACAACUCAGGCAGUCUAACAGCGCUCGUUUGAAAGCUAGAUGACGUAUACUCGACGGUUUGGGACUUCGCGACUAGCACAGCUAAGACUAAGUGUGGGCAGCUGAGCCUGUAUAACUUUUGUAUAAAUAGUUAACGAGUGUUUGACACCGUGGCAAGUCGAUACGGCGAUGCGCGACACCACCAUACUGUGCUGCCAACAUAUAUGAAGACUGUGAAUUAGUGCUUACAUGUAAAACUAUCACAUAUAACUUAAGUUUAUUAUAAGAAAAUCGAAUUUCGGAAUACAGAGUUUAAGAUCUCACGUGUCUUCUGUGUUACUUUCCAUUGCACUUUUCUCAUUUCUCCAUUUAUAUUUCUUGUGCCAAAGGAAAGUAAGAAUUAUAUUCAUGACAUAGUAUUUGUAAGAUAUUUCUAAUACCUAAUGGUUGUUUAAUAUUUAUUUUUCUUAUUUAUCUCCUAGACACAACUUUGCAACUUCGAAAAAAUAUCGAUAUUUUUUUGUACUUUAGUAUUAUUUUCAUUAUGAUUCUCGUAGUUAUGUUGAUUUAUAUUACAUAUGUGAAACGUUGUAUACUAGGUUUUGAGUAGGUUAUAUUUUAUUUACAUUGCGUACAUGUGAAUAUUUUGUAUAAACGCUUAAAAAGUUCGAAUAAAAUUAGCAGUACUGUGUAAGCAAGCUUCCUUUUGAAAAAGAAUAUAUUUCUUUAUUGAGAAGUUGAACAGCAAAUUUUUCACAUAUUAUGCAACUGUCUGUAUUACUAAUCUAUUUAUCUUUGUAUUUCUUUCUAUUUAAAAGCUAUUCUAGAUACAGGUUUGUUAAGGAUUAGGAAUGAAACGUAUGUUUCAAGGGACUGUGAUAAUAAAAUUGGAUGGGAGUAAUUGGUAAUGUAUCGAAGAACUCUUUCCUCUUAUUUUGUUAAGGGGAUUAUGUAAAAUACAUUUGUAAAACUUUUUUUUUACUUUUACGUUAAGUUCUGACUGAAAUUCUAAGUUUACGCUAGUUUACUAUCCGCCAAGUUAGAAGGAAUCACACUGUUGCAUUAAUAUGCCGACGUAUAAUAGCCGUCAGACAUAUUGAAUACUAGCUGUGCCCGCGAUUUUAACCAAGGCAAAUUUAUAACUUAUAUGUUAAUCUGAUGUAUAAGCUUUAUUACUGUAUAGUUUCAUCAAAAUCCUACUGGACGGAUUUUGCGUGAAAGAGAACAAACGUCCAUCCAUACUCACAAACUUUCGCGUUUAUAAUUUUAAUAAUAAGAUAGGUCAAACAUUACAGCAUCGUAUGUACGUAAUUUACUAUAUUAAUUUUAUUGAUAACAGUAUUGGAUGUAAAUAUUAAGAAUAGAGAAAAAGUAUUUUGUUUAAAUUGUGAUUAGAUAAUACUAGAAACCUAAGAUGGUUAAUAUAAUGUUUUGUAGUGUUAUCACUUUUUUACAUUCCGUUAUGUGUUUUUAUAAUAUUAAGUUUAUUGUAAAAAUACUUAUGAA